AAAAAAAAAAUUAAAAAAAUGGCGAGAAUGAAAUAUUUUUUACCGGAGUGAGUUGAGUGAAUUGUCUCCGUUUAAUGUGUUUUAGUUGUCCGGUUGCUUUGCUCCGUGAUGAAAAUAAAUAUUUUAAAUAAUCUAGUCUCUUAAAAUUUAAUUUGUAUAAUAAAUAAAUGUAAAACGCCAAAUAAUUAUCAUCGGAUUUAUUAGCUCUUGUCAUCUAUCUCCAUGUUUAAAUCAUUAAAAUACAAAAACGUCGCUUGACAAUUGUGCAUACAAACAAACUAUCAAAAGAAAAAAACAAAAAAAAAAAACAAUAAAUAUUUAUAAUUAAAUAUCUAAUAAUAUUUAUCAAUAAUUAAAAUAUAAAAAAUAUAUACCUAUCAUAAUUAAAAAAAUUAUAAUAUAAACAAUAAUGAUUAAUUUAUUUUUAUAAAAAAAAAUAAAAUAAAUAAAUUUGAUAAUAAAUGUGUAUUUUGGUGUUUGUUGUGUAUUAUUAGUGAUAAGGGCGGCCAAAUGCAGGUCGUCAAAAAAUCAUCAAAUUACAAAUGAUGACAUCAAUGUUACCUAGUUUUAAUCCACCAAUUGUUAAAAGAUUAUUAGGAUGGAAAAAAGCUGAGGGUGAAGAUAAAUGGAGUGAAAAAGCUGUUAAAAGUUUGGUUAAAAAAUUAAAAAAAUCAAGUGGCCUCGAGGAACUUGAGAAGGCCAUUACAACACAAAGCUGCAACACCAAGUGCAUUACCAUACCAAGGCCUACUCCUGGUGGUGUUGGUGAUAACGGUGUACAAGGUGGUCGUGGAAAAGGACUUCCCCAUGUUAUUUAUUGUCGUCUUUGGCGUUGGCCAGAUUUACAAUCACAUCAUGAAUUACGUGCUAUUGAACAUUGUGAAUAUGCAUUUACUCAAAAACGUGAUGAAGUUUGUGUAAAUCCAUAUCAUUAUCAGAGAAUACAAACGCCUGGUGUAUGCCCAUCAAAUAAUAAUCACACCGAGCAAAAUGUUUUGCCAGCAAUUCUUGUGCCUCGAUAUAAUAAUUUAUCUGGUGACGAGUCAGUACUUUACAACACUUCAUUGGAAGAACUUAACGUUAGUGUACCAGAAAAUGCAAAUUUUCCAACAUCAUUAAAUACAAGACACAGUAAUCAAGCUGGUAUUCAACAAGCAUUACAGCAACAACCAAAUAAUCCCUAUCAAGGAAUGCAGAGUAUGCAAUCAACAAGUCCAGCAAGUGUUGGAAGUAUUGGUAGUGUACAAGGUUCACCACAUCCAACAACUGGUUCAAUGGAUCCACCAGCAGAUACACCACCACCAGGUUAUAUUAGUGAAGAUGGUGAUAAUAUGGAUCACAAUGAUAGUAUGUCAUUAUCACGUUUAUCACCAAGUCCAGUUGAUGCACAACCAGUUAUGUAUUGUGAACCAGCAUUUUGGUGUUCAAUAAGUUAUUAUGAAUUAAAUACACGUGUUGGUGAAACAUUUCAUGCAUCACAACCAAGUAUAACUGUUGAUGGUUUUACUGAUCCAAGUAAUUCAGAACGUUUUUGUCUUGGUUUAUUAUCAAAUGUUAAUAGAAAUUCAGUUGUUGAACAAACAAGACGACAUAUUGGAAAAGGUGUUAGACUUUAUUAUAUUGGUGGUGAAGUAUUUGCUGAAUGUCAAUCUGAUUCAAGUAUAUUUGUACAAAGUCCAAAUUGUAAUCAACGUUAUGGUUGGCAUCCUGCAACUGUUUGUAAAAUACCGCCAGGUUGUAAUUUAAAGAUUUUUAAUAAUCAAGAAUUUGCUGCACUUUUAUCACAAUCAGUAUCACAAGGUUUUGAGGCUGUUUAUCAAUUAACAAGAAUGUGUACAAUUAGAAUGAGUUUUGUAAAAGGUUGGGGUGCUGAAUAUCGUCGUCAAACUGUAACAUCAACACCAUGUUGGAUUGAACUACAUUUAAAUGGACCACUACAAUGGUUAGAUCGUGUUCUUACACAAAUGGGAUCACCACGUUUACCAUGUUCUUCCAUGUCAUAAGACAUUUCCGUAUCACUGACAAACAAAAAAACAUAUAUAUCAAUUAAAUUCAACCAUAAUAUCGUGAAAAUUUUCAACAUGAAAAUAAAACUGUUAAGUUUAUCUACAAUAACAAAAAUUCAAAUAUCAUGAUUAAGAUAAAGCAUCAGUUUUAUUCUAGCCAUCGUGUGUUCCAUAACAUCAAACCCAAUUAACAAACAAAAAAAAAAAUAAGUCUUGUUUUAUCUUGUCAAGGCAUAACGUGAAUAAAAAAUAAAAGGGUUAUAUGAUGCUCAGGUGAAUCACAAAUACAAAAAAACAAUACAAACACCAUAAUAGCCGGAAAAAGAAAAUAACUAUUUAUAUUAAAAUUAUAACAGAAUAUAUAACAGAAUAUAUAAACUCGUAGAUGUAUUGUGUAUUUAAUUGAGAAUUUAAUAUCUCAAUUUUUACAUGUUUUUAUCAGAUAGAUAGAUAAAAAAAAACAAACCAUAACAAUAGCAGUACCGUUUGAUUUUGACAAAAAAAAAGCCAGUGCAUUACAAUGCUGGCUUGCAAUUUAAAUGGCAUAUAUACAAAAUAUAAAUAUGACGUGAACAAACUUAUUGUUUUUAAAAAAGAAAAAAAAAAUAUUCAUGAAUGUAAAAUGUGUGUGAGAGAUUGAGAGUGAGAGUAAAUGUCGGAUGUGUAUUCAUAUUUCUACGUACUCGUUAAUUAUAAAAAAAUAACAAAUAAAAAAACAAACAGAUAAAUAAAAUACAAAGGUUUAAAUAAUAAUAAUAAUAAUAUAAACUGAAAAACUGAAACAUAAUAAGAUAAAUAUAUAUUAAAGACUCGUUUUAUAAAGUUUUAAAACAUGUAAAUAUCAACAGUUUAUAUGAAUGUACUAAAAAGUAAAGAAAAACAAGUAAAAAAAAAUGAAAAAAAAUUUGAUUAAACUUUAAAAUAAUGUCGGAAUUAUAAAAUGAAUUGACAAAAUUAUUGAAAAAUAUUUAGAUAAAAUCUGGGUGAUGAUAAUGAUGACCAAAGUGAGAUGGAAUGAUUUUUUUUUUGAUAUUUUUUUUUUUGAGUUAUUGGAGAGAAGAAAAAAUUAAAAGUCUGGUGAUGAUUUUAUUGAGAUUGGUAAA